GUUCGGCAGGGAGCUGCAGGAGAAUGCAGAGCAGGAUGUCCAACAGGACUCACUGGAUGAACGCUAUUUGACUUACUCAGCUCUGCCUGACCUAUCUGAUUCCCCCUGGACACACAGGAGGGCCAACAUCAACUCAUAUGAGGAUCUGGAUGUCUGUCCUGCUCUGGAAGCAGCUAACAAUCAUAAUGAUCUUUGCGAUGAAGAAGACCAGGACCCGACAUGCCCCAGCAACACCAGGCUCUGCAGGGAGCUGCCAGUGGCCCCAGAGGAUGAAGUCCCACAGGACUCAGUGGGGGAAUGUAAUUUGACUGCUUCCGUUGGCCAUGACCUGUCAGACACCUAUAGGCCUUAUAGGAGUGCCUCAUUCACCUUUGACAAACAGGAAGUCUUCUUGGGCGUGGAUGUAGAUGCCCCGAUGCAGGUGCCCGGUCCCCAAGGGCCAUCGAGUGGAAACUUGACUUUCCCAAGGACGGAGGUGCAAGCUUCACAAGCACCGCCACAGUCAGAUACCCAGGUGGCCAAUUCUGUGCCAGGGCAGCCGGGCCAGCAGUUGGCUUGUGGUGACCGCAGAGCCAGGCUCCGCCCCUCCCCCGCCAUCAGGAGACUGGCAGCCACGAUGGUUUCUGGGAGCCAACGGCCGCUCUUCCAAGAGCAGGGUUUGGAAGCUUCCAUGGGUGUGAAGAUCCCUCCCAAGCUGGAGGGUGACGCUGCUGAGGGCUCGGUGGCCAACCAGUGUGCAGGUCAAGUCUUUGGCCACGUUAAUGCCCUGGGUGUGAUGAAACAGAAGAUGAUCAAGAGAAAAGUGCAGUUCGGCGAGGGCAGACUCGCGUGCAGAUUCCGUGGCAUUCAAGCUUAGGGCACAGAGAUACCAAGGACUUCAGGAACUAAGAAAAGAUACUCCUCAUUUAAACGAAACCCCAUCAUAAAACCCCAUCAUUCUCCACUUGCUGAAAAGAACUCUAAAGCAGCAAAUCAAGCUAAAGCCCAAACAGAACAUGCGAGGGAUCCUUUGCUGAGAAUCGACAUCUCGAUCACAAGCCACUCUCUGGGAUUUUUACUCCAAAAGUCUGGUUUCAUGAGAGGAAUUCUCGCUCUUCUGACUCCAGUCGUGAUAAGUCGCCGAGGCAACCAAUGCCCAGACCACACGCCCUUGUGAGACACCUUCAGUCUGGCCCCUCUCCAUUCCAUCCUGCGGAUAAGCAGAGGCUGGAGCAACGUGGCAAUAGACCCCAUGUCAAACUGGACAUUCUGGGCCACCAGCUGGGCUGUGCCAGGAGCAGACAGC